CUUUUCUGCAGAGUACUGACUAUGUCACUACCGUUGACUAGAGACUUGAUGGAGAAGAUCCUAUCUGCACCAACCUUAUAUAACCAUAACUAUGACCAAUUUGCAGAGAUUGAAAAUGACGUGCAGCUAUUAUUAGAUUGGCUUGAUCCAUGUUUUCCAUCACCACAGAAUGUCUUUAUUGAACCAACCCCAAGAGUGAAACUGGCCAUACGAAGCUGUUUGAAGGAUGAUAGAAGUCAAUUGGAUUUUAUCCAUCUCUACAAUAACUCUAUCACCACCAUGUUCAGGGAACAUUCGCAGGUGUUUGUACAAGAAAACUUUCUUGAUCUUGUGAAAACAAUUCAUCAGAUCAAACAAUACUAUGAAGAGUACUUGAGAUAUUUGAAUUUGGGCCAGCUUGCUGCAAACCUCUUUGAACGUAACUUGAAUGCUCUAUUCUAUACUCAUCUUUUGGACUCAGAUAAUGAUUUCACUCUGAUUAUGCGACAGUAUUUCUCAUCUUCACUUUUUAGUAGUGUCCAAAAAUCACAACUUACACAAUGCAUAUCAAUACUAUACUCGUGUGGCCUUCGGGAUGAGGUCAAUGGUCACAUAGUUCUGAUUUCUAUUGAACGAAUAAAGACAUAUAUCCACGGCGUAUGCUCUGGCGUGUGGGAUAAACCUGUUCUCAAUCAAAUCAAUGAUUGGGUGAGAUUGGAACUAUAUAUUUAUUUCAGCAUCAUUAUCCCUAAAUCCGAACUAGAUCUGCAAUAUCUUUCUGAUUUAACGAAGAUAGCCCAUGACGAGUUGGUUCUGUUACGUAUUCUGGAAAUAUUCGACAUUGUAUUGGACUUUCCACAUUCUCAAAUAGCGCUUGAUGAACUUCACCGUUGUAUCUUACCAUCUAGAAAUAUCGGUGAUAGUUAUCUUUUGGCAUCAUUAUCUGUUCCACUCUUAUCAUCACAAUCGUUUCAAAGAGAGAAAUUAGUCAAUAAGUUUAUCGAAAUGUGUCAAGAUCGCAUAUUACAUUCAGGUGCCGAUACAAUCGAUGUAGUCAUUUGUUAUACAUCAACAAUAAAGUCCUUUUUGAUUAUAGAUCCAAAGGGUGUUAUUCUUGAUAAGGUAGUGAGGCCAAUAAGACGAUACCUCAAAACAAGAAGUGAUAUAAUAUCAAAGUUGGUCCAUGGUUUAUUGGAUGAUAGUAAGAACAAUCGUUUAAUUGAAUUAGCAAUGGAACUACGUAAAAUUCCUCAAAAAAAUCCAACAAAUGAUGAUUUAGAUUUAAAUUGGAUUCCAGAUCCAAUCGAUGCCUUACCUGAUUUCAAAAAGGGGAAGGUCAGUGAUGUGAUUGAAUCCUUGGUCUCGAUAUUUGAUCUGAAAGUGGUUUUUACUAAUGAAUUCACUCAAUUAUUUGGACACAAACUUUUAAAUCUUCGAGAUUAUGAUGUUUCUGAUAUCGUAGAAAGUUUAAAAUUAUUGAAGCUUAGAUUUGGAGAAAACAAAUUUACCACUUUGGAAAUUAUGAUAAGAGACAUUAUUGAUAGUAAGCAAACAAACGAGAAUAUUUUCCAAGGAAAGAAGACCAGUAUGGGUACUGUUUACCAUCCAAAGAUUCUAUCACAUAUGUAUUGGUCUAUGCUUACUGAGGAAGAAUUAAAAAUCCCUGAACAUAUCGAAAAACAAUUUCAGGAAUACAGCAAAUAUUACAGGGAUGUUAAAUAUGGACGUGGUCUUAAAUUGGUUCCGAGUUUAGGAUUAGUCAAGCUUGAAUUAGAGUUUGAAAAUGAUGUUAAGGCAUAUUUUGAAGUAAGUCCCUCAGAAGCCACUGUCAUUUAUUUAUUUGAUGGGAAGAAUCAGUUAACAACUAAUGAAAUAUGUGAAAAGACUGGGAUGAAUACUUAUAAUGCACUUAAGGCGGUAGAAUAUUGGAUUUCUCGUGAAAUCCUUAUAGAAAUAUCAAAAGAUGUAUUUGCACCAACCUUAGUUGCUCCAAAGCAGCUGUUAGAUGAAGGCAGUUCCUCAUCACGUCUGGGAAGCACGGUAUUUGCCCAUAAAUUUGCUAGUAUUGAUACGAUUUGGCCAUUUAUCACUGGAAUGCUCACCAAUCUAGGACCCUUGCCAGUGGUUAAAAUACAAUCUUUUUUGAACAUUACAGUGCCCAAGGAACAACAAGAACUUUAUUCUCAAUCCAAUGUUUCGUUGACCGAGUACUUGGAUUGGUGUAGAGAAGAAGGGCGAUUAGAAAUGACUGGCUCCCUAUACAAGAUUAAGAAAUAGUUAUAAACUUUAUGAAAUAAUUGCUACUAUGUUCCUUUCUAGAUAUUUUGCUUGAUAUACCUAUGUACUUUCAUAU